GUAAGAGUUUGGUACAUUCACAAGAUUGUUCGGUAUGGAUAUGUAGUUUAAUUCAGGGUGAUAUUAGCAAGCUAAACUAUUAAAAAAAGUGAUCAUGUAUAUUUCUCUAACCUAUGAUCAUUGACUUUAGUGUUACGUUGAUUUUUUUUAACGACUGUCUGACGGAUUUUUACGACUGGACACUUGGAUUAAGACGGAACGUACGGAGUUUUAACAUUUUGAACGUUGUCCUGCCGUUAUUUUCUGCGUUACUUACAUAAAUACUUUUGGGAUUCGUUUGUAUUUGUUUUACGAUUAGGUUUGCGGUAUUUGUACGCUUUAAUUUAGUUUUCCAACACAAUCCAUUGUUUGAAAAUAUGUCAUCGUCUUCAGAGCCGUUUUCUUAUAUCGAAAUGAGUCGAGUCAACACGACCGGCACAGACAUCAGUAAUGAUGAUCAUCUACUGGGAGAGGUGGACCCAAAUGCUUUGUUACAGGAGGCCGAGUGGUACUGGGGUGACGUAUCACGAGAGCAAGUGAAUGAAAUACUCUACGGCUUGCCCGACGGUGCUUUCCUGGUUCGAAACGCUUCCUCAAAGGUGCAGGGAGAAUAUACGUUAACAGUACGGAACAAUUCCUCAAACAAACUCAUUAGGAUCCAUCAUCAGGAUGGGAAAUAUGGAUUCUCCGAGCCUCUCACCUUCAGCUCCGUGCCAGAGUUGAUAUCUUACUACAGGACCAGAACCUUAGCCCAAUACAACACUGCCCUGGAUGUCACAUUGGCUUAUCCAGUGUGCUACCGUAGUUCGGAAUCGCCUGUGAAGGAUGAGUAUUUGAGUGCAACCAGAGAAAAACUCCAAGAAUAUUUAAGACUGUUUCAAAAGGCAACGGAGUAUGACCAGCUAUAUGAUGCAUACGCCACGUUAUUACAGGAAAUCCAAAGAAGAAAAACUCUUGAUGCCGUAAAUAUAUCAGAGAUCUCCGAAGAACAGUGUCAUCCACAAGAGAUCACAUUUAAAGACUUUGAUGAGAGAAUCUACAGUAAUCUGAAUGAGUGUCCUUGUGGGGUGAAAGAUGAGCAAGAGAAGAGUGUGGAGGUCCUAGAGGAAGCCAGCUGGUUCGUGGGAGAUCUCAGUCGAACGGAGGCAGAGGACCUGCUUCAUGGGAAACCAUCUGGAGCUUUCCUCAUUCGCAACAGCAGCACGAAGGAUUGCUAUGCCUGCUCUGUAAUGGUUGGCAACCAGGUGAGGCACUGUGUGAUUCGCCAAACCGAGCACGGUUGCGGUUUUGUUGAACCGUUUAAUCUGCACAAGUCUUUGAAGGACCUUGUUAGGCACUACCAUCACACCUCCCUGGCACAGCACAACCAGGCUUUGGACGUCCGGCUCAUGUAUCCAGUCCACAUGUCAUCCGCUCCUGCCGUUCACAGCUGAGUUUGCUUGGCUUGACCGCAGACGACUUCUUGAUGAAGAUCACCAAGUGCACUAAGACUGAGCUAGACUGCGCCAGAGUUGGCACAUCGCUUUGUAUAACAAUGUGCACAGCGUGCAUUGUGGGAAGGAUGGAACCAACCGUUAAGGCUGUUGAAUAUAUUGCACUUUCCAAAGGAUAAUGCAUUCCACAUGGUCAUAAUGAUACACACCAGUACUUGAACAAUAUUUGAUGAGCCCACUGUAGACAUGUUUACAACAUUAACAAUAUGAACAACAGGAUUUGUAAGUGGAAGGUUUUAGCGGUGAGGAAUGCAUUUGAUUUUUCCUUAAAUUCAAUCAUCUUUGGAAGCAUUUAAAAAUGUAUUAUGUGAAUGUAGCACUAUGGGGUGCAUUGCAUUUAUUGAAAGCCAAACUUUCAAAUCUUGCUUUAUUUCAAAGGCAAGAUACAUUAUGUGCAGUUCAUGUUUCUUUAUGCACCCAAGUAAGGAUUUUUAUGUUGACGCAGGGUAUAUUUGUUCCAGAGUUACUGUCUUCAAAAAGCGUUUUUUAGGUCAGAUACAGUCUGAUAGAGGAAAACUUGAAUAUUUGGAGCCCAGUUAAAAGGAACACAAAAUGUACUUGUUGAAUUUAAGUUUGUGGCAUAUUUCUAAUGUUUACUAUUUUUACUAUGCUUUUUAGGAAAGCCAGUUUAAUUGUCUUAUGGGCUGAACAGCCUACUUUAUUGACUUCAUGAAUGCGUUGAGUUUAACAAAUGAGUGAGUCUGGUGAAUGACACGAUGCCAAACUGCUCGUUCUUAAAAUGAGCUAAUCUUUUUUUAAAUGGUAUUUUAUUUUACUUUUUGCUACAGAGUUUAAUCUUGCAUGCUUCUUUAAAAAAUAAAAAGAUUGAGAAUAA